CUGGAGAGGCCUAGCUCUGUUUGCCAAACCUGAACACUGACAAUACUCUGGUUUAAGUUAUCCAUGUAGUUUUGCAAAACACAUUAGCCUGGGUCAAAUGUUAGGAUAGCCGUAAUGCUAAUAUGGAGCAGUGUCAUUUUGGACGAAUUGUGGAGCUGUCUGAAAACCACUUGACACCGAUGGCUGGACCCAGGCCUGUGGUGCUGAGUGGCCCGUCUGGAGCAGGGAAGAGCACUCUGCUAAAGAAGUUGAUGAAGGAGUAUGACAGCGUGUUUGGGUUCAGUGUGUCACAUACGACAAGGCAACCGAGGCCAGGAGAAGUGAACGGCAAAGACUACCACUACGUCACUCGGGAAGCGAUGCAGGCUGGGAUUGACAGGGGUGAAUUCAUCGAGAAUGCAGAGUUUUCCGGAAACAUGUACGGCACGAGUAAAGCCGCGGUGCAGGACGUCCAGAACAAGAACCUCAUCUGUAUUCUGGACAUUGAAAUGCAGGGGGUCCGCAACAUCAAACGCACUGACCUCAACCCCAUCUACAUCUCCAUCCAGCCCCCCUCCAUGAAAGUGCUGGAAAAGCGCUUAAGAGACAGAAAAACCGAGUCAGAGGAGAGUCUGCAGAAGCGUCUACAUGCAGCUCAAGUGGACAUGGAAUUAAGUAAAGAACCCGGCAUGUUUGAUGUUGUUAUAAUCAAUGAUCAUUUGGAUGAGGCCUAUGUAAAGUUAAAGGAGGCUCUUCUGGAGGAAAUCAACAAGGUGAAGAAGAUUCCAGAGUCGUCGUAGGAGAGGGCCCCGUACACUCCUCCUCUCUGCUCGAACAUUCCCCAUCCCUCCAGAGGAAACUUUUACAUGCUCUUUUAAAUAACUUCUCACCAAAAAUCUGAUAAAAAAUGUGUCCAGUGCUGCUUUUUAUGAAGAUAUGAAAAUGUUACUCCACAGAUGUUUACGUUUUAGCGCUCUUGUUUUAUUUAUACAAGAAUAAUUAGCACAAAAUGCCACAUGAAUUGUUUUGGGACUAGUAAAGCUGGUCUCAACGCUUUUCCACUCUGCUUUUACUUAAAGCACAUUAUGUAACUUUUCUGGAGGAGAGUGUGUCACCUAUUGUAGUCAUUGCUUGGAUUGUUCCACAGAAUAACAUUAAACAUAUCUAUCCCCAUAGAGACAAGCACUAGGUCAAAUAAUAAUGCAGGUUUUUCCGAUGUAUUUUUGAGCAAUAAAACACUUGCGAUUAAAUAAAUGCCAAAUAGACAAGUUUAAUGCUACACUGUGGAACAUUAAAGGCAAAGUAAUAACAUGAGAUUUACAGAUGGCUUACCCUCCACCAGAAAAGUUGCAUAGUGUACCUUUAAAUUCUUUCAAUAUGGUUUAACUUUUCAUAUAGUACAUCAUUACCAUUAGAAUUUCAGAUAUACAUUUUUUUGGCACUGGACUUUUUUUUUUUUUUUUUUUAAAGGCCCCGUAUUAUGUGAUUUUCUGUUGUAUUCAGACCUGGAGUUGUGUUUUGUUUCUUUCAUACAUGUUUAACACACAAACCCUGCAGAUUUAGGCUGAGUUCUUCUCUCAAACAGAAAACACUCUGUUCCACGUUCAUGACAUCACAAGGUGGAACAGUGCAUUUUGAGAUUUGGAGAUGUAGACAGACUAAUAAACCAGGAUUGAGUGAAACAAAACUCCAGGAAGAUUUUUAAUGAGGUAACAUUCUAACAUGGCUAAAACCUCACUCGAGUUAAUUUUUGCAUAAUAUAGGACCUUUAAAGAAUCCCACAAAAGUUUUAAGUUUACGAGAGUGGCAGCUCCUGAGGCAGGUUUUCCAGAUUUUCAUUCAGAGCUGUUGAACCGGAGAAGCACAUGCAGAAGCUCUACUGUCCCAGUGCUGGCUCAGGCCCUCUGUGUCCAUACAUGUAAAAUAGCAUUAGUGCUACUGCUGCUGUGUGGUGUGUCUGUGUGUAGGAUCUAAUCCAUUGUUGAGAUGUGGCUUAAGCGCAGGCUGCCAAUUAAAUUUGUACUUUUUGUUAACUUUUAUAUUGUCACUAUCAUUUACAUCUGUACAAAAUAACUGGAUUAUGUUUUUUACAGUUACAAUUCAACAGAAUAUCUUAUCUUUUACUUGAAAAUAUUUAUAACCGAUUUAAAUUGUGUGUCUGAACUUUUUUUUUAACUUAUUAAUUUUGAGACAUUUUCUGAAACACUCAUUCCUUUGCACAGAGCUGUGUGGUUCUGAUGGUGUUUAAUGUGGGAAAAGAUAUUCUGAAAGAACUGCAGGUCCGAGAUGCAUUUGUAAAGUGUAUUUGUCUCAUCUUGAUCAUAAACUAAGUCAUCAGUUCAAAUAAAUGUAACAUCCUGGUA